UUUGGAGUGGAAGUGAUAGAUGCACGCUCCCUAUCAACGGAGAACCUCCCAUUAAAUGCUAAUUGUUGGGAGUUCACCUCAUCAAGGUAACUACAUCAAGCUUUUGAGCUUCUCUGUCAUCAUAUAACUAUUAUAAUUAUCCAAUAUGCCUCCAACCCUACAUUCCCGUUCGAAAUCAGCCUCCAAAAGCAACAGUCCCCCUUCUACGGACCACAAUAACAACAACAGCAACAGCAACAACACCACCAAAGCGAACAAGAAUGACGGAGAAUUGAACUUGGAAAAUUCAGAAGACCAAAUCGCUGCGUCAGCAAAUAUCAAGCCCGGCAAAUGGGACGGUUUGGCCCAGUCCCUUCGCAACUGCACUUGGGAACAGCUUCAGGAGCGAUUUAUAGAGGCAAUGGAUGAGCGAUCUGAUAUGGAGAAUGCGCUCCAGAAGGACACCGCGGAUUUACUUGAGGUAUUCAUUGCAUGGUCGCAAACUACAGUCUUUUCCGAUGAGGAUCGAGCUUAUAAAAGAUUCAAAACUAGGAUGGACUACGUACAAAACUCAGAGGAGCGGUUAGAGGAUAAAAAGCAACAUUACGCGAAUGUUGUCAGGGCAUUUGAGAACGCGUUAGCCCUUUUGCGGGAUGAUUGAAAAAUGUAAAUGCCUUUUUCAUCCUUUCAGGCGCAUGGUGGUACAAUUUGGAUGCAUGGCAUACUUCCUUACGUCAUCUUCAGCCGCCAAGCAUGGCAUUGUCAUGGUUGGUGGGAUGAUUGAAACGUUGAAGCUUCCCACCCCGUUACAGGCUCGUGGGCUAUUAUUUGUCGGUAGGCGCCGG